AUAGAUACUUGUGUGUAAAAACAGAACAUUCGUACUGAGGCCAGAGUGCCACAGAAGGUAAUUAUAGAGACAGCAAAAUCCUUUUAUGCUGGGAAAAAUAAAAGGGUGUCCGGGUGUCUCAUGAAAUUUCAGAACCUGAUUUCAAAAGGAUCAUAAUAAAGAGGAGAUAAAAUUUAGCAUGGUGGACUGCUCUACAGGAUAUAUUUGUCAGUGGAAUGUUUUCACAUAUCAUACCACCAACAUGAGAAAAAAAUGAUUAUUGUUGAUUUGAAGCUUGAUGAGAUUUCAAAGGCUGUCUUUUCUCUUCUCAUUUUAGAGAAAAAUGAGCAGGCGAAAUUGCUGGAUUUGUAAGAUGUGCAGAGAUGAAUCUAAGAGGCUCCCUGCAAACCUUACUUUGGAGGAAGCGUUGCAGUGGGCCCAGUCUUUUGACAGUCUGAUGGCUACGAAAUAUGGUCCAGUAGUCUAUGCAGCAUAUUUAAAAAUGGAGCACAGUGAUGAGAAUAUUAAAUUCUGGAUGGCAUGUGAAACCUAUAAGAAAAUUGCCUCACGGCGGAGCAGAAUUUCUAGGGCAAAGAAGCUUUAUAAGAUUUACAUCCAGCCCCAGUCCCCUAGAGAGAUUAACAUUGACAGUUCGACAAGAGAAACUAUCAUCAGGAACAUUCAAGAACCCACUCAAACGUGUUUUGAAGAGGCUCAAAAAAUAGUGUACAUGCACAUGGAAAGGGAUUCCUAUCCCAGAUUUCUAAAGUCAGAAGUGUACCAGAAACUUUUGAAAACUAUUCAGUCCAACAACAGUUCCUGACUACCACUCAAAAGUUUAAAUUGAAAAUGAUACAUUGAAAGUACCGGGUUUGGUCUUUUAAUUUAGAAAAACAUAAAAUCAGAAACAAAGUAGGAAUGAAGCCAAAAUAAAACUAUAAAUUGAUUUCUAGUUCUGAAAUAGAAACAGAUCUCAAAAGGAACAGGCUCUAGAACUCUUAUAACAUGACUAAAACCAUUUACAGCAUACCUAUGUAGUUUUGUUAAUAUAUAAGGAAAAGGUAGGUCUUUCUUCAUGACACAAACAUUAUGAAGUUUUUACUGUGAUAGUCAACUAAUAGAUGUUUUCUUAUUAAUAAAAUUUUAUAGUCAUAAUGUACAAAUUA